AUCGUUUUUCCCCUAUCGCGGUGUAAAAUCCGCGCGUCGCGACGCUCCAAUUUAUUGGGAUAACUAGCACAACGAUUGAAAUCCAUCGGCUGCGUCUGUUUUGAAAGUUCCUCUGUAAGCGUGAUUAAAGUUAUUGGGGCGCGUUUACGCGAAGCUCGACAGUGCGUGCAGUAUUUUGAAAUUUAAUAUUACAUUAUGUCAUCGACGCAAGAAGCUCAUGUAAUCCAAUCCAGCAAAACAAAACUUUCACCACUAGAUCUUAGGAACACUGAUCUAGUAUCAAGAUUGCUUGCUGCCACUCCUCCAUAUCUGUACAACAUGUCUUUAUUGUCAAAUACAUAUUUCUUUAGCGAAAUGUUACGAUCAUUUGUGCAAGCUAAGAAUGACCAGAAUAAUCAACGUAAUACUCUCGGAUUCACAGGAAAUCAGAAUAUGUAUUUUGGUCAGCCACCCCGAAGAUCCAAGAAACGUACUUGGGGUAAUAUUGGACGAGAUAUAUUUCCCAAAAGCUCUAGCUCUGUCGAAAUCAAAACUGACAAAUCUAAUGAUAAAAAUGAUAAUAACGAACCAUGGAUGAUAAAAAGCAUGCGAAAAUCUGAAGAUGUUGCGGUAGAGUUAACGCAAGAACAUAUACACGGUCAACAAUUUGCAGAACAUGGGGAAAGGAAGACUCCAAAAAUCGAAGAACAAUCCACUCAAUACGCCCCUCAGCCAGAAAACUCAACUAACCUAGUUUUGCCACCACCACCACCAUUCUGGUAUCCACCUAUUUAUUCAAAUACACCCUACGGAAUCGAUCCCCUGCAUUUUUUUAUCGAUUUGCGAGUUUCGGGCCAUAUUUACGAUAGACAAAACGCCAAUUACUUCAAAGAUUCCGUUAACAACACAAACGACACAACCAGUACGGUUGUUAGUGAAAAACAAAUAGAGAAAACUGACUUUCAAGAAAAAAACGUCAAAUCUGAAGAACCGCAUACGGAUUUUUUCAAGCAACGACGUAACACGUCUGCGUUUUCAGUACCAAAUGCCAAUACACUAAUGAAAAAUCGUUCGAGCGAGAAGUUUCAAAAAAGCUUUGACGUUAAAGCUAUGGGUUUCGAUAAGACACCGAAUCCAACCGGUAUAAACUACGUUAUGGGAGGCCAGUAUUAGUCCAAAUAACCAAACAGAUUUAGAUGACAAUGCGUCGGCCAAAUUUACAGAAAAUAAUCUAGAAACCACAAGA